ACUCUUCAUCUUUUGAAACAAAGAAAGGCUAUUCAUCCGGAUAUUGCGCGCAUCACGACCGGCUGAAAGAAAAUUCAAAAUUAAAGGGAUCAUUCAGGCUUUGAAAUGAUAAAUUCAUUCACAAAUACAUUAAAAACAUUUAUAUUUAGCACUAAGUCUAGUGAAAAUACCACAAGCGCUGACAGGAAAAGGAAAAGACCGGACAAUGACAGUGAUGGUGAUGAUGAUGUAGAAGUAUUGUCUGUGAAAAAGCCUAGGAAAGAGAACACUGGGAUUACUGGUCUAUUCACCAGUGCUACAGUACAAAGUAUGUCCGACUGGGUACAAAGAAAAACCCCAAAUUUGUUUAACUGGAGUUCAAGUAGGAAUAAGGCAGUAAGCCUGCAUGGAAAUGGAUUCAAUGGAAGAAGUAAUGAUAAAAAAGGAAUGGAGUCAUCGUCCCACCAUAG